UUGUGCGUUUACGACACAGUGCUGUUCGUGCAUGAGCGUGGAGGAAACGGUAGCAAGAUGGCGGCGUUGAAGGAGGAGCAGUGCUACGGAUUGUCCUGUGGACGAGUGAGCAAUGGCAGUAAUGUCUCCGUCUUUCACGUAAAACUCACUGACAGCGCCUUGAAAGCAUUUGAAGGUUAUCAAAGCAGCAAGGGCCUGUCUUCACAACCGCUGAUCCGAUUUACUGGAAGCCAAGGGAAAAUCUCAAUACCGUGGUCGGAAAAUCCGAAUGAGCUGCGACUGUUUACUUUCUACUUGUCCAAUGUGGGUAGAGACAACCCACAGGGCAGCUUUGACUGCAUCCAGCAGUACAUCACCAGUGAGGGGAGCAUUCAGCUGGACUGCCUGGGUGGAAUCCAGGACAAGAUCACGGUGUGUGCCACGGACGACUCUUACCAGAAGGCCAGGCAAAGCAUGGCUCAGGCAGAGGAGGAGACCCGCAGCAGGGGUGCGAUCGUCAUCAAGCCUGGGGGGAGAUACGUGGGUAAGAAGGUGCAGAUCCGGAAACCAGCACCUGGGCUGUCUGACAUCGCUCCAUCGCGGCGGACGUCGCGGCCUGUCAUCAUCUCUAGCAGUGCCGGGAAGAAGAGCACGGCGCAGCAGAGGCCCCUGAGGGAGCGCCUCACCCACCUGCUAGCCCUCAAGCCCUACAGAAAGCCUGAGCUCAUCCUGCGCCUGCAGAAGGAUGGCCUCUUGCCCUUCGACAAGGACUCUCUGGACAGCCUCCUGCAACAGGUGGCUAACCUAAAUGUGAGAGACAACACCUUCACAUUGAAGGACUCUUUGUUGAAGGACAUUCAAAAGGACUGGCCAGGCUACACUGAGGGAGACCAGCAACUUCUGAAGAGGAUCCUUGUUCGGAAAAUGUGUCAGGCCCAGAGUCAGACUCUGAGCACCACCACAGUGGUUCCUCCAGCUGAGGUCCCACUCCCAGUGAGCCCUCCCAAAGAGCUGGCUAGCAGCUCCCCGUCGCAGAAACGACCUGCUGCAGAUUUCAUCGAUCCUCUGGCCAACAAAAAGCCCAGGAUAUCACACAUGGCUAACAAGGCAGCGGUGCCAAUAAAUGGCAAGCCGAGUUCCUCCAAUGGAAAGGAGGGGAGUGGGGCAGUGGUUGCGGUGCCAGCGGUUGAAGGCGUGACGUCCAGCUCCCAGCUCCCCCUACUUGACAUCCACCGGCCCUUCGACCCACUCUCCGACGUUAGCAACGACUCCAGCCACAAUGGCCGGGACUGUGAGGGCCAAGAGGCCGCUGUAGCUGAGAGACUGAGCCAGCCACCAGUUUUCUCUGGGCCCGCAGCGCUGUCCGUACCAACCCUGGGCCUCUCGUCCCUCGGACACACCGGCCUCGAUGGGCCCCAGGGCAAGGGCACCUUGCCCUCCCUGCACGGCAAGUCCAAGAAGAAGUCCAAAAAACACAAAGACAAGGAAAAGUCCAAAGAGAGGGAACGUGGGCGAGUGAGAGAGGAGAGGAAAGGAGCAGAGGAGCGUGUUCCUGAGCCAAGAAAAGCCUGUGACAUCACCUCCAGCCCUGAGAAACUGAAGAGCAGUAGUAUUCCACACAGCAGCACAGAUCUCAAUGGAAUGUGCAACAACACCAGUGUUCCUUCGUCAUCGACUGAGAUGGCAGACUAUUUAUCGGAGUAUACCGUGAUUGGCUCUUCCGAGCAGCGUCAAACAUACAAGAAUUACUUUAAUACUGAGUAUAGUGAGUACCGGGGCCUCCACGCUCGGAUAGAGGGCAUCACCCGGCAGUUCACUGUGCUCGACACUGAGCUUAAGCAGCUCCAACAAGGCACAGACAAGUACAAGACAAUCCACAAUCAGAUACUCCAAGAGUAUCGUAAAAUAAAAAAGACGAAUCCAAACUAUAGCCAAGAGAAGAACCGCUGUGAAUAUCUACACAGCAAACUGGCACAUAUAAAGAAACUUAUAGCAAACUAUGAUCAACAGCAACUUCAAAACUGGACUGGUUGACAUUUUCUCUUUUCUCUCUGCAAACCGAAGAAAGAGAAACUCUGGAUUCUGUUUGCUCUAAAAUAACUUAUUAAAGAUGCCAUGAAGGGAGGGGUUAUUCCUAAAGAUGCCAUGAAGGGAGGGAUGAUUCCCCUCAUUGGGGCCAAAAGCACUAGUGAGGACAAAGCAGACCACAUUUCUUUAACUUUUUUUCUUUCGAAGAUGUGACACUGGCAUGUUUGGCCAGAUCUCUGUGUAGCUACACUGCAUCCGGAAAAGCUUUGUGUGCUGUUUCUCAUACUCUGUCCUAAGUGCACAGAGAUCUCUCGAAAUGGAAAAACCACAUUCUUUGGAGAUCUCCAAACAGCCUUUCCUGGUUUGUAGACUGGGCGGUGGUGGUGACACUGAAAUGGAGCCGGCAGAUCUUAUGCCAAAUGCAAAUAGUUUGUUUGAGAACAGAUAAAAUGUAAUGAAUUAUGUUAUCACAUUUUUCCCCAUAUAUUGAAAUGGAAGGUUCUAAACUCUAUUUUACUGAUUUUAUUUAUUUUUUGUUCUUCCAUAGGAGUAACAAGUUCUGUUAUUUUACACUCCUCAAUAUCAGUACUACAAAAGUGUCUCUUUUUUUUUUUCUUCACAUCUUGAAUGUUAGUCAGUAUUUUAUGCAAAAACUGCCUUGGCAAUCAAAUUGUCCAUCUGUUGCAGUUCAUUUUCUUUCCUUUUAAAGAGCUGCACCUAUCCCCAUCGAUUUAAUAAAGACAAUGCUAUAACAUCCAGUCAGGCAUAGGUGCCUCUGCUUGGCUUUUCUUACAUAUUGUUCAAAUGUCUUAACCAGAAGGACAUCAUGUAAGAGCAGCCUCAGGUGAUAGGAGCUUACUGAAUUUAAAGGGUUAACACAAGCUGGGAAAGUUGUUUCUGUUUGUUAUCCCACCACCAGUCGUGGCAAGCUCUGAUUGUUUUUCAUAUGGUUACGGUGAUGGUACUUGGCUAUGCCUGUAUGCUAUGGGGCAAUGUUUUCCCUAUGCAGUUGUUAAACCAGUUCACAAUGGUGUCACUCAAUUUGCCAGACCCACUGCCAUGUACACCAGACAAGUUUGGAUCCUUGGUGAUCAACUAAUGCAUACAGGGAAGAUGAAAUAAUCAUCCCUUUGACCUAAUGUAGUCUGUUAAAUCACAAGUUGGAAGAUACAGUAUUAGUAUACCCCAUGCAGCAGCUUUUACCAUUGUAACUUUUCUCUUUGCGACUGUUUUAAAGUGUACUAGAAUAUAUUGGUAGUAUAAUUUCCCUCUAAUUCAUGCAAACAAUUGGCUCUUAAACAAGGGUUUUAUUUCCUAUAUCUAGUACUUGUUCAUCUACAUGAUUGUCAAGACUGUUAACCCAAGACCAGCCUCACCUAUCUUCCAAAUGGAGUGGAUGACUUAUCUUUGUAUCUGCCAGGCUAGUCUUCCAGAUCUUUGUGUCCUGAACCCCUGACAUGAUCAGGAACGCUGUAAUGUUUUUGGAAUCUGUCACUGAGCUCUCCCGAAAUUACUGUUCAGUAAAUUUUGGUCUAGUCAACUAAUGCCUUUCUGAUCGACCUUUCUAUGUGAAGAUGAAUAAUCGUUAAUCUUGUUACUCUUACCUGGGUUUUGUCCAAAUGAGACAUUUCCCUUUGUCCAUCAGAGUGCGUGCUUUAUGAAUGUUACAAUGACCAGUAUCUUUACUUAAAACCGCUUCCUAAGGAAAUACAAAUCCAAGCAAAGGCCUGAUAAAACCUCAAUAUGGAAACUAUUUCUAACCAGCAUUAAAACCAUAACUAAAUGCUCUCCCAUGAAUCGAGCAAACGGCAAAAUCAUUUGAGUAUGUUCUACUUACCAUUGGCGAUUUAAAGAAUUGUUGAUUUUAGUUGGGACGUCAUUGUUAUUCGUAUUUGCCCUAUGACAUUUCAAGUCUUUGGUUAUGAUGUGAAAGGGCUCUUAUUCACUUCAAAUGGGAUAUCCAUGCGCUCAGAUGUUUCAGUGUAAUGUAUCAUCCCCUCCUGAAAUCCAAACACGGCCAGCGUUCAGAGAUUCAUUUAUCAUAAUGCUGAUUAUUGGGGCUGAUUUGAGAUUGCCUCUGGAUUGAAUGUUCUGUGAUCAGAAUCAAUUCUCAGCAUCACCCAGUACCGUGGAACCCUUUAAAUAAGUGACUUCAUCUCGGCGUGAGUUGUUUUACAGAGACAUUCUGAUAGGAUUACUGUAUACAUUUCUCUUGCGGUCAAAUACAUUUUGAUGCCGUUCUCAUCAAUAAAGAUGGUUAAGGCAUUUAUUUGCUCAGAUAUGGAGCUAAGUUGUGUUAAGUAUGAAUUGCCAGUACAGAACACUAUGGAAUGAGUUGAAUGUGCCAAAUGACCUGUUGUAUAGGUUUUCAUAUGACUACAAAUGGUGCUGUUUUAGCAAAGAAAUGGCUUUGGAUGAGUCUGGGAUAUUGGCGUUUAAACCCAAAGCACGCUUUUUGAAACCGUAAGGGAUUAGGACUUAAAUUGACAAAUUUCAAUAAAAUUCUUUCAAAGCCUUUA